AUGACAUAUAACGCGGUGUCCCCAAAGUUUUAUGCCCUACCCAAGAUCCAUAAACCACAGUUGGCAGUGAGACCAAUCAUAUCUAGCAUUGGUGGACCCAAUACAAAAAUCUCGAUUUUCAUAAGAAACAUUUUAACAGCUAGUUAUAACAGGACUAAUCCAUAUUAUGUUCGGGAUUCAUUUGAAUUUAGUAAGACGAUGAAUGGGCUGGUGAUCCCGGAUGGAUAUGUGAUGGUGAGCCUGGAUGCAGUUUCUUUGUUCACUAAUAUCACCUUGGAAACAUCUAAGAGAUCAAUAAUAAAACACUGGGAGGAAAUACAACCAAACUGCCCUAUGGAUCAAAAACACUUCUUGGGGUUGCUGGAUGUGGUUUACCAAACAACAUACUGCAGAUUUAAUGAUGGUUUCUACAAACAACAAAAAGGCACACCCAUGGGUUCUGAGGUGUCUCCGAUCCUUUCACAAUUCGUGAUGGAUGACCUGUUGGAUGAGAGUAUCCCUAGAUUAACAUUUACUUUGCUACAGGUUAAAAAGUUCUUGGAUGAUUUAUUUUGCCUGAUGCCGGAGGACAGGAUCGGAGAAGUGGUGGAUGUGUUCGAUGAAUUUGACAUAAAUAUUUCAUUUACAACUGAGGUAGAAGUAGAAGGCAGAUUACCCUUCUUGGAUGUGUUACUGGUGAGAGAAAAUCAAACCAUUAUUACAGAUUGGUAUACCAAACCAAUGGCGUCUGGCCGGUAUCUCAACUAUUACUCCAGUCAUCAACUGAAACAUAAGUUAAUUCUCAUCACAGGUAUGAAGAAUAGACUAUAUGGUAUAUGUGAUAGAUCCAAAUAUGAGGGCUCAUUACAGAGACUUAAAACCCUAUUAAUAUAG